AUGGCCAUAUUUGUCAUUACACACUUUUAUCUAGUUUAUCAACCUUUACAAGAAAUAUGGUGGUUACCAAGUAGUAAACUACAUGUGAAUAAUUUACUACUCAAUUCAGGCCGGAUCCUGUACAUGAAGUUUGAUGAAUCGAGACCAGUGGACAGCAGUGGAGUUGGCAAUCACGGAAUUGGCCAAAUCUCGGGUCAUUCCGGGUUUGGAGGAGUGGGAACUUCGGCAUACUUUAGAAACAACUUUAUUCACGUUAAGUCUAGUGACCUUAAAACCGCCGAGUUCACCUAUAUGUUUUACAUUUACAUCUUGUCUGAUGAAAAAUCGCACCAGAAUGGUUUAAAAUACGACCAGUACUGUCCAGUUAUUCACAAGGGGUACAAGACGGACUUGGCGAACGAGGCGACACCUGAGAUAUCAGUUAACCCAAAUUUAACUGGGUUACCAACGACCCAAUCACUAAAGUGCAACUAUAAACAAUUUACAGAAUUGACCUCAAACAGUCGGCUACAGAAGCAUCACUGGUACCACAUAGCGCUGGUUCGUGAAAAGUACGACAUUCUUCUGUUCGUUGACGCUUUGACGAGGAUAAAUCCACUUCCUCUUUAUAUCGGUUCCACUCCAUUCAGCGUCAAUUGUGAUUUUCCAUUCCUAAUGGAUGAACUCUCUAUCUUUUCACAAGCCGUUGGAACUGAUGAAAUUCAGGCCGAAGCCUCAUUCGCCUUGGGCGGAAUAGAGUCAUCCUACGUGACAAUUGGCUGUACCAAUUGCAGCAAGGAGGAGGCCAUGGCUUCUUGCCCUGAUGGAUAUCACCUAUGCAAUAAGUUUGAGCUAUAUACAGGUACCCAUGUCUUACACCGGUUAACUUCCAUAGUUAAUUCGAGUACACAAGAUAUUAACAACAAAUUAGCCGGAUAUAAGGUAGCCAGGAAACUAUCACUGGCUUCUAGCGAUAUCAUGGCCUCGGCUUCUGCCGAGCCUUCCUCAGGGAUUGGGUUAUGUUGCACCAAUUUGAACUACUAG